CCCUCAAGCCGGAUUGGGCCAGAGCGGUCACGCGGUGCUCGGCGCGGUCACGCGGUGCUCGUGCGCUGGAACGUCCUUUCAGUGGUCGAUAGAUAACGGAGGCUUCGGUCAUGUCUUCUCUCAGGGUGACCAGGGUGCUGCAGCACAUUGCCAAGAGCGGCUGGAGAGCCCAGUCCACGGCGCCCCAGGCGGCCAGCGCCGGCUCCUCUUCCCACCCAGGCUUCAGCUUUGAGCUCAGCGAACAGCAGAAGGAGUUUCAGGCCACCGCUCGGAAAUUUGCAAGAGAAGAAAUUAUCCCUGUCGCCAGCCAGUAUGACAAGUCCGGGGAGUAUCCUGUUCCCCUCAUUAAAAGAGCCUGGGAGCUGGGGCUGAUGAACGGACACAUCCCCGAGCACUGCGGAGGCCUGAACCUUGGUAUCUUUGACACGUGUCUGAUUACGGAGGAGAUUGCUUAUGGCUGCACUGGUAUUCAGACAGCUAUAGAGGCCAAUUCCCUGGGGCAAAUGCCGGUGAUCAUUGCAGGCAAUGAGGCCCAGCAGAAGAAGUACCUGGGAAGAAUGACGGAGGAGCCCCUGAUGUGUGCUUACUGUGUCACCGAGCCCGGAGCCGGCUCAGAUGUGGCCGGCCUGAAGACGAGAGCAGAGAAGAAGGGCAAUGAGUACAUUAUUAAUGGGCAGAAAAUGUGGAUCACCAACGGGGGCAAAGCUAACUGGUACUUUCUUUUGGCUCGCACUAAUCCUGACCCCAAGGCACCAACGGGAAAAGCUUUCACGGGGUUUAUUGUAGAUGCAGAUAGCCCUGGAGUACAGAUUGGGAGAAAGGAGCUGAACAUGGGGCAGCGCUGCUCGGACACCAGGGGGAUAGUGUUUGAAGAUGUCCGGGUUCCCGCAGAAAAUGUCCUACUUACUGAAGGUGCCGGUUUCAAGAUUGCUAUGGGGGCGUUCGAUAAGACCCGACCACCGGUGGCAGCCGGUGCCGUCGGUUUAGGUCAGAGAGCGCUGGACGAAGCUACAAAGUACUCUCUGGAGAGGAAGACAUUUGGAAAGGUCCUUGCGGAGCAUCAAGCCGUGUCCUUCUUACUGGCUGAGAUGGCCAUGAAGGUGGAACUUGCCCGCAUGGCAUAUCAGAGGGCAGCUUGGGAGGUGGACUUGGGCAGAAGGAACACGUACUACGCCUCCAUCGCCAAGGCAUUUGCCGGAGACAUUGCCAAUCAGGUGGCUUCAGACGCUGUUCAGAUAUUUGGAGGAAACGGAUUUAACAGUGAUUAUCCUGUGGAAAAGCUCAUGAGAGAUGCUAAAAUCUACCAGAUCUAUGAGGGCACAGCCCAGAUCCAAAGGCUCAUCAUUGCUCGGGAACAUUUUAAUAGGUACAAGCAAUGAAGAAUUGGCGGCCCCCUGUUUGCUGCUCUGGACUGUUUUACCUCCUUCACCCCCGGCCUUAAUGACAAGCUUGGUUUCUGCAGGAGCGUUUAGCACUAAAGUUAAUUUUAUAUAACAUUUUACUAUAUGCAAAUAGACAUCUUGAUUGUAUCUAUCCUUUUUUUUUAUGUUGUGUGUUGAGCUGUCCUUUUCUACGACUGUAGCGGCAUCAGAGCUACAGGUGAAAAGGCAAUAUUAAUCCAGCCAGAAAAUUGUUACAGUAAACCACUUAAAACUG